GCAGAGAGGGAAGGCUGUGUGGCGUGUGUGUGAAGUGUCUGUAGGCUACCAUGUCUCUGUACCGCAACUCUGCGUGGUUUCUCUCCGGACUCACCCAGUUCACCAGAAAUGCCUUUGUGUCAGCUUCUAAGAGUUUUGUGGAGAAGGAUCUGGAGGCUUCUGUGGCCGGCCGGACGUUCAUGAUCACAGGAGCCAACAGUGGCAUCGGAAAAGCCACGGCCAUGGCCAUCGCCAAGAAAGGUGGUACGAUCCAUAUGGUGUGUCGGAACAAGGAUAAAGCUGAGGAGGCCCGUGCUGAGAUCGUCAAGGAGACGGGAAACAAGGAAAUCUAUGUCCACAUCCUUGAUCUCUCUGAGACCAGGAAGGUUUGGGAGUUUGCUGAGAACUUCAAGAAGAAAUACAAGACCCUCAAUGUGCUGAUCAAUAAUGCCGGCAGUAUGUUGACUAAAAGGGAGGUGAAUGCUGAGGGUUUGGAGAAGAGCUUCGCCAGCAAUUCACUAGCUAUCUACAUCCUCACCAAGAGUCUCAUUCCUCUGCUGGAGAAGAGCACUGACCCCAGAGUGGUGACGGUGUCAUCAGGUGGGAUGCUGGUGCAGAAGCUUCGCACAGGAAACCUGCAGUCUGAGCUGGGAGGUUAUGAUGGAACUAUGGUGUACGCACAGAACAAGAGACAGCAGAUGGUGAUGACGGAGCAGUGGGCUACAGCUCACCCCAGCAUCCACUUCUCAGCCAUGCAUCCUGGAUGGGUGGACACCCCCACCGUGGCCACCCUGAUGCCAGACUUCCACCGCUCCAUGAGGGAGCGCCUGCGCACGCCUGAGCAGGGGGCCGACACCGCCGUCUGGCUCGCCCUCUCCGAGGUCACCGCCGCCGCCAGGCCCAGCGGAAGGUUCUUCCAGGACAGGAGGAUGGUCUCUGCUCAUCUCCCCCUGGCGUGGACACGCAGCUCAUCCCUGGAGGAUCAGAAGUUCAUGAGUGUGAUGGAGGAUCUGGCCAAGAACUUCCAGCCUCACUGAGAGACACACACACACACACACACAUUCCCAACAGCAAUUCGUCAGACCAUAACAAGCAAAUUCUGGUUUAAGAAACAAGCUAAAAUAACAAAACUCACUCAUACAAACUCACUUACACACACACACACACCUACACACACACACACACACACACAGCAUUAACAUGUGACAGUAAAGCUGUACAGUACGCUCUGAACCGUGUGUGUGUGUGUGUGUGUGUGUGUGUGUGUCUUCUCUCUAACUGUGUCAGUCUGCUUAGGAAGCCUAGACUUGUGAGAGCCUCUGACAUUAACUUUGAUAAACCAUGUUUAAAGGUUCCUGUGUUUGAAGGUUCCUGUGUUUGAAGGUUCCUGUGUUUAAAGGUUCCUGUGUUUGAAGGUUCCUGUGUUUAAAGGUUCCUGUGUUUAAAGGUUCCGUAUGUGAAGGGUUGAAAAUGUUGAACCUGAGAUUAAACUUGAUGGUAUGUUCAAAGGU